AACGUAACUUGAUGCAAUCCUCAACGUAAAUCGGAUUGCGAUUCGAUGUUUCGCAGGGUUGUAGUCGGUAUUUCCGGCGGCGUUGAUAGUGCCGUAUCCGCCUAUCUACUAAAGAAGCGAGGUUUGGAGGUAUGUGGGGCUUUUAUGAAAAAUUGGGACCUGAUCGAUGAGUCCGGAUACUGUUCCGGAGAGCAGGAUUUGGAGGAUGCUCAUCGGCUGUGUCGAAUGUUGGACAUACAGCUGGAGGAGAUCAAUUUCGUUAAAGACUAUUGGUUGGAGGUGUUCGGAAAUUUUCUUAAAGACUACGAAGCUGGAAUUACCCCUAAUCCGGACAUUCUAUGCAACAGACAUAUAAAAUUUAAUCGAUUCUUUCACCAUGCCCGCGAACGGCUGGGUGCCGAUGCGAUCGCUACCGGUCACUACGCACGUACCAACUUUGGACCAUUUCUGGAGCAAUUCAACGAACAUGAAGCGGUUCGUCUACUAAUGGCACCGGAUCCGAUAAAAGAUCAAACGUUUUUCCUAUCGCAAAUCAGUGCCGAUGCACUGCGCCGCACAAUGUUUCCGAUCGGUUCGCUUACCAAACGGCAGGUCAAGCAACUGGCCACGGAAGUCGGGCUAGAAUCGUACGCACGCAAGAAGGAAAGCAUGGGCAUCUGCUUCGUCGGCAAACGCUCAUUUCAGCAAUUUAUUGCCGAAUACAUAGAAACAAAACCAGGCCCAUUCGUAGACGUUGACAGCGGGCAGGAGGUAGGCCAGCAUGCCGGUUUGCAUCACUGGACCGUGGGACAAAAGUGUAAAAUUGGUGGAUGUCUGCAACCGUACUACGUGCUCCGUAAGCAUCGGGAAACUAACGUGAUCGAGGUCGCUUCCGGACAUGAUCAUCCACUGCUGUACACGGACAUGGUGUACGCCGAGCAACCGGUUUGGAUAAAUGCACCGCCAGGGUUGCGGCGAGGCCAUGUGGUUCGGUGUGAAUUUCGCUUCCAGCACACUAAACCUUUGGUGGGAUGUUCCAUUAUCGAAACCACGGUAGAACAUGGACGGAUACGGUUGUUUGUUAAGCUGGACGAACCACUGCGUGCCAUCACGCCCGGUCAGUAUGCUGUGUUUUAUCGGAAUGAAGAGUGUUUUGGCAGUGCGCGAAUAGUGCAACCGGGACCAUCGGUAGCGUACAGUAAGGAAUGGCUGUUGAAAAAGGAAGCAACUUUGUAA